CAACAGAUACUGAGCUGUUGCGCCUUCUGAACGUGCCCAAUAUAACUUGUUAUGACAUCCUGUGAAUCACUGUAAUAUAUGCAUUUGUAUGGAGUUCCCUGCUCCGAAUCUCCCACUUUGUUUUCUAACGUGCUUCAAUUAACGCAGCUGGUAACUCUUUAUUUCAUCGUUUACUCUUUUUCUCUUUCGCAAGAAUAGUAGGCUUCGCUAUUCUUCUUCUUGAUAAUAUUGUUUGCUGUUUCGGUUCGCGUGUUAAGAUAAAAAAUAGAAGUAAAAUGGAUGAAUUGGAAGAAAUUUUAAUAAAAUUGAAUGGCGAAAUGUUCCUUAGCCUCUUUCGCGAGGGCGGUUUUACUAGGGAAUCAAUGAUGCUGCUCAAACCAAGUCAUUUGGAUACCCUCAUCGAUGCGGCGCAAUUUGGACCAAGGAUAAUAUUUGAGCAUAAUCUUCUUAAUUGGCAAACCGAACAGGGCGUUCAUGUGCAAACAGCUCAAAGUGACGAGGGCGCAUCAUUCGCAAAUGCAAGUAUUGCAGAGGUAGAACUUAUUUAUAAACACAAACACAAAACACUCGAAGAAAUUUUAAGGGGAUCGGUUAGUGGAAGUCAAGUUUUGAAGUACUACAGUAAGACAAAAGUUCUUACGCCAAAAUACAGAAAAUUGCUUGCAGCAACAAUCGCAAACUAUUUGAUUUCGUCCGGAGUAAACUCGAGCCCAAAAACAUUUGAAUCGUUCGCCAGCCAGAUAUCGAAUUUCUUUUUAAGUGAGUCGAAGGACAUAUAUUACAUACAUAAAAAGGGGAAAAAACCAGGCGGAUGUUUAUACACUAAAUACCACAGCACUUUAUUCAAAUGUAGACAGGACGGCAUUAUAAAUAAAAAGCCCGCCGAAGAGAAGCCGCAAAAAGCAGCACAUAGCAAUUUAUGUACGACAGACUACACUCAAGAAAAAUCGUGGCUUAAGUAUAACGUCGAGCCUUUUGAUGAAGUGCAAAUCAAAUGGGAAUUGACUUUUGAAGUAAGGUGCCAAAUGCUGCAAGAUGAUUCAAAUCUAAAUAAAAUUUUAGAAGAAUGGCCCCUAUAUAAGCAGAGUUUUGGACAUUUAUUGAUUGAGACGGACUUUAACAAAUUGUACCCAGAGAAGAAAAAUUUAUUAUUCGAAAAGUGGGAAAAUUUCAGCCAAGCAGUACGCCAUAUUUUUGAGAUUUAUAUUAAAGAUUCACACAGUUUGACAACCUGGAAGCAAUUUAAGGAAGGAACGAUUAAAGCUGAAGGUACGGAUGCGGUCACAUGCUAUCUUCUACAUUCUGUUUUAGUUCCAACCAGCCGAGAAUACAAAACGUGCAAGCAAACAAAAAAGCAACAUUUGGUCAAAGCCACUAUUGAAGAUUCCAGAAACAGUUUUUUAAUAUGGGCAACAACUAAUUGUGAACUUCAAUCAAAACUGAAAUUAAUGGUUGAUGAGAAUUAUAAGGGCAAAAGCACCAUUCAGCCCAUCAUAUGUGCUAUUGGAAUGAGCUUGUUUGAGAGCAACGAAUAUUUCGUGUACUUCGCCAACAUAUUUUAUAAGUUCGAUAAUGUUAUCAAAUGUAUUGAUGUGUGUUUUAAGAUAUUCCACGUACUUAAUCUUAAAUAUCCUUCCGAAUGCAAAUCUAUUUGGUUUUUUAUCCAGCAAUACUUUUAUGACAUUGCUUUGGAAUCACACGAGAAAAGUACCUCAUUGUGUGCAAUAUUAAGUGAUUUAAAACAAUUUAAAUGUUUUAAUAAUAACUAAAAAUGGAAGGACAAAUUAAAUGUUUUGUGUGCACACAAUCUUUUGAACAAUGCGAUCGUUUAUUUAAACAUUUCAAAAUUAUUCAUUGUUUAUCACAAUACGAUAUGUACAAAUGUGGAUUUACAGCUUGUAACCAAUCAUUUACGAAUUUUAAAUCACUUUGUAGACACAUGCGAAACGAACGCAAAAGAUAUGAAAUUACUUUAUUAAGCAAUCAAAAUGUAAACGACGAAUGUUUAUCUAAUACUACUUCAAUGGCACCUAAUACUAUAAUAACAGAUACUGGUAAUCAAAGUACAAAUACUUUAAGUAACAUAACAAGUUUAAAUGUAAAUGAAGAAACUUUAAAAGAAGGUUGCAUUAAAUUGUCUAUGAAACAAUAUGCAAAAAUAAAUUGUCCUAGAAAAGAAACCGUUGAGUUGCAAAGAGAUGUUACAAACAUGAUUUUGUGUCCAUUAAAAAACCAAUUAAAAAAAAUAUUGCAAAAUUUCGAUUCGCUAGGAAAAGACGAUAUUAAAGCUGAUAUUGAAAAUUUAGUAAAUAUUUGUAGCGAUCCAUUUAAAGACUUUAACUCAGAGUAUAAGUUUAUUAAAACUCUUAAAGAACUAAAUUUAUACGAAAAUCCACAAGUCAUCACCAUAAAUAAUUCAAUAAGUAACUUGCAAACUAGACAUGUAAACAAAUUAAAUGCAGCAUUAGUAAGGGGUGUGUUAUUUCCAAUUAAAUUUCAAAUAAAAAAAUUUUUUGAAUUGCCAGGCAUGUACGAAAAUUUUUCUAAAAGUCUUGAAUACUUAACCACCAAUAACGAAGUUUUAAAAAAUUUUGUAAAUGGCGAUAUUUGGCAAAAAAAAAUUCAAAAUUAUAAAAACAAGUUAGUUAUUCCAUAUUUUCUAUACUUCGAUGACUUCGAAGUUAACAAUCCCUUAGGUUCACAUAGUUCAUCAGUUUUAGCAGUAUAUUAUUCCUUCCCCACCGCGCCAAUUUCUGUUAAACAUAAACUUCAAAGUAUUUUGAUAGCCGCUCUUUUUAAAUCACAAGAUGUUAAACAAUUCGGUAAUGAUAAAUCAUUUUAUAAGUUAGUAGAAAUACUAAAUGACUUAGAAAAUAAUGGUAUUGAAAUUAAAACACCAAACGGCAAUAAAAGAAUUUAUUUAUGUUUAGGUUUGAUAAUUGGAGAUAAUUUAGCGCUUAACAAUAUUCUUGGAUUUUCUCGUUCAUUUUCUUCUAACCAUUAUUGUCGAUUUUGUAAAAUAAAUAAAACCGAUGCCAAAUUCGCUUUUAUUGAAGAUAAUAGCCAAUUAAGAGAUCAACAAAACUACGCUUACGAUAUUUCUUUGAACGAUUUCGAAAAUACUGGCAUAAGAGAGUUUUCCAUUUUUAAUAAUGUCAAUAAUUUCCACGUAGUAGAAAAUUUCUCUGUUGAUUUACUUCAUGACAUCUUUGAAGGCGUUUUUAAAUACGGUUUUUGUAAUAUAAUCUUACAUUAUAUUCAUAAAAAGAUAUUUGAUCUAGAAUUUUUAAACACUCGUAAACAAACAUUUGCGUAUGGUGAGACUGAAAUGGGAAAUUUGUCACCACCAUUGCAGAUGCAUCAUUUAAAAACGUUCAAGCUAAAAUUAUCGGGAAGGGAAAUGUUAACGUUCGCUCACUUUUUCCCUUUACUUAUUGGAGACGCAGUAAAUGAAGAUGAUAACUUGUGGAAAUUCGUGUUAAACCUUAUAGAGCUUUUAGAUUUAUUACUUUUGUCUGAAUAUACUAAAUCAGAUAUAGAGAAUUUAAGAGAACAUAUUCAAUUCCACAACAAAGAAUAUACUAAAAAUUUUAAUGACACUCUAAAACCAAAGCACCACCUCCUUAACCACUAUUGUAGAGUUCUUCAAAUGUCAGGCCCCCUAAAAUAUUUGUGGACGCUACCUUUUGAAUCCAAACAUAGACAAUUAAAGUCAUAUUCGAAAAAUAUUACUUCCCGAAGAAACUUAACAUUAACUUUGGCUUUGAAAUUUUGCAUGACCUUUUCUGAAACAAUUGUUAAUUAUAAGAACGUUACUUAUACAUUAGGCAGCGAAGAAUAUGAAGCGAAAUUUUCAAAAUAUUUUAAUAAAAUCAGAGAUGUACUUUCUGAAGACAAUAUUAACCAUUGCAUGUGCCACACAAGUUUUAAACUAUAUGGCACAAUGUAUAAAAAAGAUUACUUUAUAUUUUUUUACAAUCCAACUUUUGUAUCAUACCAAGUAUUGGAAAUUCUUGUUAUAAAUGACGAAGUAUUUUUGUUUUGUGAAUUAAUAAAUAUUUUAAUGUACAAACGCCACUAUUUGUCUUAUCAGAUAGGUUCUAAAAGCACUAUCUUUAAAAUUAUAAACGCUAAUGAAUUAAAAUAUCCGCCAAUUCAUAUGUACAUGGUAAAAAAUCAAAAAUUUUUGCGACCAAAAGUCUUCUUUUAAUGAUAAAAGCCUUAAUAAAGAUUUGUUUCAUGAAAAACUAA